AACAACAUCGUAAACAGGAAUGGACAGUACUGUACAAUUUUAGAAUUUUGUCAUAUCGCUUUGGGCAUUUUUACUUCGGUUGCGACUAAUAUGUGACAGUAGAAUUAACAGAAAUGUCGCAGUAUGAUCGAAAAAACAUUUUCUCUUCCGAAAAUGCGCCUGCAUUCAGCAGACAAUGUUUUUUCUUAUUUACCGGGAGGUGAGCAACAGGUGAAUCGCCGGGUACGUCAGCCGCUGACCCCAAGCUCAUCUCAUUUUCGGCAACUCUGUCUGUUAGAAAGGAUUUUUGAAGAAAAGUCAUACGUAGAAUAGUGUAAUGGCUGAUGUUUAUACAAAUCCAGACAAACAUGUGGUCCUUCACAACAAUGUUAAAAUGCCUAUUCUUGGUUUAGGCACAUCACACAAUGGUGGAUAUAGUCAUUCAGCUGUUGUGUAUGCACUGAAAGAUUGUGGGUAUAGACAUAUUGAUACAGCCAAACGGUAUGGUUGUGAAGCUUACAUUGCUAAAGCUGUUAAGGAAUCAGAAGUCCCUCGUGAUGAAAUCUUCUUGGCGACAAAAUGUUGGCCCACUGACUAUGGGACCAUUGCUACUCGAAAUGCCUUCAAUGGUUCCUGCGAAAGACUGGGGUCAGAUUACAUAGAUCUUUAUCUUCUGCAUUGGCCUGAUGUUCCUUCAAGUGUUAGUGACAGAAACCGCCUCCUGCAGGAGACAUGGCGAACAUUAGAGGUGUUGCUGGAUGAGGAACGUGUGAGAGCCAUUGGGGUCAGCAACUUCCUUGAACGUCACCUUGAUGUGAUUCUUGAGGAAUGUUCUGUGGUUCCUCAUAUCAACCAGUGUGAGUUCCAUCCAUUCAAUAACCCCAAGCAAUUGCGAGAAUAUUGUGAUGAAAGGAAGAUACAAUUUGAGGGUUAUUCCCCUCUAGCAAAAGGUUAUGCUCUUGUCGACUCUACAGUGAAAGCUAUUGCUAAACUUCAUAGACGGAGCCCAUCACAGGUCCUACUAAGGUGGUCUCUGCAGAGUAGGGUUCCUGCUAUACCAAAAUCAACCAAAGUGCAGCGGGUGAUGGAAAAUGCCCAGGGUUACUGUCCGCUAGGUAACGGACAAAUUCUCACGGACCCAAAAAUUAAAGAAAUUGCAGAGAGGCAUAACAGAUCCCCAGCUCAGGUUCUCAUUCGUUGGAAUCUCCACAAUAGAGUAGUGUGCAUCCCGAAAUCAACCAGGGAGCACAGGGUCAAAGAAAACUCAGAGAUAUUUGACUUUGCUCUCACCGACGAGGACAGUGCAAUCCUGGACAACAUGGCUCAGAAACUGACAAUCAUGGAACGCAGUACAAUACAACACAAAAUUGAUAAUCCUCUACCUGAUGGGUACAAGCUGAAGAUGGUUAAAAUACCUGCUGAGCCAUAAACAUCAGUAUUAUGGAAUCCUAAAAAGGUUAUUUUUUAUGCAGUAUCCUCAUUUGUCCUCAUAAAAGAGUAACUCAUAUUCUAACUUACAUAAAAUAAUUCAAUAAAGGAAGAUAUUGUGUACUUCCAGAUACUUCCUGAAGCAUCAGCCAAUUGAACCAAAAUCAAGACAUAAAUGUUCUAGUUUAUAUAUUUUUUCAUGCAGUACCAUAACCCAUUUGACUAUUCCGCAAUCUAUAUUUGUCAAACCCAUACAAAAAUAUUCAGGCUUUGGUAGUCUUGGUACUUUGAGCCAAUUCUACCAUGCAGCUAUGUUCUUGCUUACUGAAUAAUACAUGAAUGACUGUCUGCUUGAGUGAUUGUAAUGGAAAGUCUGAUGGUCUAUGUGUAGGUGUAGAUGUGGGUGCAGGUGCAUGUGAUCACACGGGCAUAUCUGCCUAUUCUGGGACAUUUUAACAACAAAGGAUCUUUGAUAAUUUUAAUAUAUUUUGCUUUAUUUGUACAUUAGGAUAUUUAAGAUAUUCUGUAAUAAUGUUUCCAUUAUAUUUAUUUUUUUCCUCAAAUGUUGUGAUAGCUAAAUUAUAUAUGCCUCAUCAGGUUUUUAUUGAUAAUUUAGUUACACUUUAAGCCGAAGACAAAAGUAUGGAGUGAAAUAAUGAAAUAAAAAUAAGUGUUUGUCAUCUUUCUGGAAGGAUGCUUUAGACAAAAGGAAGAACUCCUUACAUUUUAGUAUGUUUUUUGUGAUGAUGUUUGUAUAAAGUUUUCUUUAUUAUGCCAGCUAAUGGUUUUAGACAUUAGAUGAUUAUUGUAAUAAUCUUAAUGGUUAGAAAUGUGGAAAGUAGCAAGCAUUAUUUUAUUGACUGACUUUUUUAUAAUAAAAUAUUUAUCAGUAUUCA